AUGACAGACGCUGAUCGUUCGGUAGCUGGUGGCAAACUCAGAAGAGUUCACGACUACACGUUCCAUACGGGAACAGACUUUCUUGGUAGUGGGAUGUACGGUGACGUGUUUAAAGCAACACGUAGCACACAAGCAAAUAAGGAUCGAGAAGUAAAGCCCAACGGGAACGAUUCAACGCGGCAUGAGAAGGAAGAGGAAGACGGUGGUGGAGAUGUGGUUGCUUUAAAGCGGACACGUUGUGGUGAUGACAAGGAAGGGUUGCCCGCAUCUGCGCUCCGGGAGGUGAUGGUUCUCAAAGAGAUUAGUCGGUCACUCGAGGAUCCACCUGGUGAUGAUGAGGUCGCUCUGGUCGGUGGAAGUAACCUCGUCAAGUUGUACGAUGUUGUUGUCGAUAGGAAUUGUGUAUAUAUAAUCACCGAAUUCUGUGAUGGGGGAGAUUUAGCGUCAUAUUUGAAGCGCCAACCGGGUCGCCACUUCACUGAUCCAAAAAUAUAUCGCCAAAUGAUGAGGGAUUUACUGCGGGGUGUGUGCUAUCUUCACCGAAAAGAAAUUUCUCAUAGGGAUCUGAAACCGCAGAAUAUUCUACUAAAGAGUGUACGAAAAGGGUCGAGACAACAAGGUAAUGAGGGGCCUAGUAGCGAUGGGAAAGAGGAAACCCCAACACCAUCGUACAUCCUAAAGGUAACAGACUUUGGUCUUAGCCGUAUGGAUGGAAUUCCCGUUAAAAAAUACCAACAUGAAGCUAUUACGUUAUGGUAUCGCAGCCCCGAUGUUAUUCUGGGAAACAUAAAUUACCGCUUCACUGCGGAUAUGUGGAGUGUGGCUUGCAUCGUUGCUGAAGCUGCAAGCGGCAGCACGCUCUUUCGUGGGCGUAGUGAGGUGGAACAGCUGAUGUGCAUAUUUAGCCGCUUAGGCCCACCCACAUCUUCUACCUUUCCCAGCAUGAAUCUAUACGCACACUAUGGAAAGCACGCGCCUGCGCUGAGUAGUUUUCUUGAGGAUCUGCAAAAGAAAUAUAGUCGGGUACAAUGUGGCAAUACAAGCGACUUGGCAAGGAUAAACUUAACCAGGUACUUCAUUAGGCAUAAGGCGUUGGAUAUCAUUGGUGAGAAUGGCGUAGAUCUCCUUGUCCGUCUCCUGGCCUACGAACCGCAACAUCGGCUUACAGCAGAGGAGGCGCUGCAGCACCCAUUUUUCACAUUCAUCCCCUCACACGUACCGCAUGCCAACAGCAUUGACGCGGAAGGGACCACAGAAGAAGCUGAGAAAGACACAAAAGAUUCGUAG